AUGAGUGAAAAGGUUAGAUACUACCUGGAGCAGUCCGUGGCAGAGCUCCAGGAUCUUAAAAAGAGGGGUAUAUUCGAAGAAAAUGAGCUUAAAAUUAUAAUGAGGAGGCGUACUGAUUAUGAACACCGCAUAACGUCUAGGACAGCCAAAUCUACAGACUUCCUGUCCUAUGCCAACCACGAAAUCAAUGUCGAAAAAUUAAGAGCACUCAGAUUGAAAAGAUUGAGGAAAGGGGGCUCAAUCACUGGGUCUGGUGUUUCGGACUGGGCUGGUUCUCGGCGAAUUAGUUUCAUUCUUGAUAGAGCCACCAAGAAAUUUCCUCGUAACUUGAGUCUGUGGAUUCGUCUCAUUGAAUAUGCCAAAGAGCAAAAUUCCCCUAACGUUGUCAACAAAUCGAUGUCAUCUAUGCUCAAGUUUCACCCCACAAACCCUGAAGUUUGGGUUUUUGUUGCUAAGUAUCAAGCUGAGAACAAUGCGUCGAUUCAGGAGGCUCGCGCGGUUUUACAACGCGGCCUAAGAUUCAAUGCAGAUAGCUCUUAUCUUUGGCUAGAAUACAUGCGACUAGAGCUGAUAUACGCUGCAAAAAUCUUGGCUCGGCGGAAACUCUUAGGGAUCAAAAGCGCUCACAGUAUUGAAAACGGCGAACUGAAGAAACCGUCACAGCUCGACUUUUCGGCUUUUGAUGUCGCUGCAGCGGAAAAAGAGCUCAAUAAUUUACCUGACAUUAACAUUGACAUCUUGGGCGACAUGAGUUCAAAUCCUGUUCUACGUGGAGAGGUCGCGCUAGCAGUGUUCGAUGCUGCAAUAAAUCAAGUUGAAGCCGAUGAUCAGAUCGAGUUCUGCAAGCAGUCUUUAGAAAUCCUCGAAAAUUUUACAGUUUUCGACCGAAUUCAUUUGAGCAAUCAUAUUAUCCAAUGGGCCGAGGCCAAUCGACCUGGGGAUAGUCGGGUCCAUCUCUGGAGGCUGUCUUUACCGGUCCGGUACUGCAGCAAUGUCUCUGUGGAGCUACCACAACAGCUGAGAUUGCUUUUUAAUCUGUAUUCGAAGAUGUCGAGUCACCCACGCGAAGUAAAGGAACUGUUGCGCGAGUAUCUAACUGAUCGUUUCUUGCUAGGCUCUGCAUCUGCUGAAUUGGACCAAAGUCUCAAGCAAGCAGUCGAGCUUUUUAUACGUCAAAUGUGA